UCUCCAGGCCCUUUGUGGCUCACGACAUAGAAGGCCUCCCGCGCGGAUCCUACCGAACUCACGCCCUCCGAAGGAGUUAUUCACCCCUCCACCACAUUGUUCCUCCAGAGCCUCCGUACAUCGUGGCCGUUCCCUCCAUCCUCCGCGACUAGACACCUACAUAUACCGUGUGAAGAGCCCUGCAUGCAGUUGUGGCCUACUUGAAAUCAAAACAUGGACACUGAAGAUGGACAAAUAUUCAUAAAGAACCUUGCGUACUUUGUACGAACUCACGAGAAAGCCCUCGCCAAUGCCUUGCAACUCCAGCGGCAGGCACCGAAAAGGCAGAGCACCGACCUCACGCCCUCAUCUCCCACCGCAACCUCUAAUGCCACAACCACGGCCUCUUCCAGCUCCAGCGUCUGGGCCGCUGCCCUUUCGCUUCCUUCGCUCACGUUCACGUCCCAGACCAUCAAGCCUGCAAAACUCACCCUCACACCCCAUCAUCUGUUCUAUCUCCUGUCCCGCUUCGAGGAACUGAGUAUACCCGUGGGGCCGAUGAAUGUCCGUUUGGAGAACAUCCACACUGACGCUUCGCCCACUAACUAUGUCUCCUUCCUCAGUAAGGCUCAGCGCAAUAAGACACGAUCGUCAGAUCGAGAUUCAAUUCACUCGGUCUCGAGCAUUCGCAGCGUGAUGUCAGGCAUGUCUUCACUAUGGUCAUCUCUUCGUCUUUCCAACAACAGUGCUGCCAAGGCGGAGAAGCAGAAAGCGGCUAUUCAGGAAGAUCUGAAAUACCUUUUCUCUGCUUUUACAAAGAUCCCUUGCCUGAGGCUUGCUCCUGACCACAAGGCCCGCCUCAUCGCAGGCUACGAAGAGUUCCCCUUCGACACUGCUGUGCCGUUAUUUGCGUUUAAGAACGUCACCGCUCUUGAGAUCUACGACGUGGAUUUCCGGCAGUUCCAUGGCUGGGAUCGACUCGCAGAGAAUUUGCGUAGCUUAACGGUAAAGCGUGCGGGCGUGGAUGACCCUGCAGAUAUUCUAAUCAACAUCGUCCUUGAUGACAUAGACAAGCGCCGUCGUCGUUCAGCAAAAGCGCCUCCCUCACCCUCUGUUCCAUGUGCAACUCCAAGUCCUGUGCCAAAACAUGCUCAUUUAGCACAAUCGGAAUCACCCCCCUCACCUGGCGCAACUGCACCCAGGCAUGCCUCGAGCCCAAGGGUUCAUACCACCAUGACCGCGGAGGGUGAGCUUUCGACCUCUGCACAACGCCAACGCAGUGCUUCACCUCAUAGACCAGCAAGUUCGCGACACGGCUCAGCCUCCGUUUAUGGGAGAACCAGUACUCCCAAUGUCCGACGCGCUUCUGGUAGUUCUAGCUCAAGUGUGCGAUCCACGACUCCCCGGGGGAGCUCAUCUAAUCUUCUCUCAUUGGGCUGGUUCCCUUCCACCAAAUGGCGCUUCCUGCGACAUCUCAGCUUAGCCGACAAUGCCCUCACGAGCAUUCCGGCUUCUAGUCUUGCUCCUGUCGCUAAUACAUUGCAGUCGCUCGAUCUGUCUGCCAAUCUCUUCACGGAGAUUCCAGAUAGCCUUGCGACUAUGUCGUGUCUCCGUGCCCUCAACCUAUCAAACUGCAUGAUCGAGAGCCUCCACUCACUCGGCCGAAGUCCUCUUCCCGCGAUAACGACACUCAACCUUCGAUCUAACAGACUGUCGUCUCUCGCCGGUAUCGAGCGCCUACUCUCCCUGGAGCGAGUUGACCUGAGGGACAAUAAACUGACUGAUCCCACUGAGGUGGCAAGGCUUACAGGAGUGCCAGAGAUCACCCACAUCUACGUGCAUCGAAAUCCGUUCUGCAAGUCUUACGGCAACUACCGUGUCAUGAUAUUCAAUCUAUUCCGCAAAACCCCAGGAUAUACAGAAGACAUCGUCAUCGACUCUACUGGCCCAAGCAGCUCUGAAAGGAAACAACUGGUCGACAGGGUGCCUGAACCCCCCAGUGUGCCUGUUGUCAAACCACCCCCGGAGGAUGACGUGCCUCCGCAACCAAUACCCGUUAAGAUUGUGGCGGCCAUGGACGGCACUCGCUCUCUACCCGACUCGCCUCGACGAACGAAUUCCCACUCGCACCGGUCCAAGAGUGGACACACAGGCUCUCAGCGGCGCAAGAAGGUGACGAAGCGGAGAGUAGUCGAGCUAUCCCAGACUAACACCACACCUGGACCGGCAAACGAUCAGGCACCUCCAACGAACCUAUUCGAGCAGCUCCCUUCGACCGUGGACGUACCCAAGACGUCAGAUCCCGCUGAUGACUUGACGGGAGAACGAAGCCCUCCUCGCUUUAAGGAACCGUCCUUCGAGGCUGCGUUGGGCGAUCCGACGAAGAAGACGACCGCCCAAGAUCAUGGGUUGACCCAAUCCGUGCACAUUGUCCACCAGCAGCUGCCAUCCCUCAAUACCACACUCAGUGCGGAGUCUGUGCAGCAGAGUACGACAAGUCCACCGGAAUUUGACGCCAGUAGCGAUCUGUAUAGGAAGAAGAUCGAAGCAUUGCGUCAAGAUUUCGGGAACACAUGGCUGAGCGCUCUCAGCGACGAAAGCUGGGAAACGGCACCCGUAACGAGCUUCCCGGAGCCGGGAUUUACCACUACCAUCCGACCAGCCAUGCCCCGAACGCCCAGUCAAGGUAUCGUUUCUGGUGGCAGAACACUUGGCUGACCACUGACCUAAUGUAAUGAUUUAUUAGCGAUACCCCAAUCUGAUUUUGCCUGGUUUUGUUUUCACUGUUCUGGCAGUACUCGAUGU